AUGGAUCAAAAUAUUGAAGAUGAAGAAUAAGGUAGAAGUGUUUAAUAAAGAGUAAAUAAUCAAUAAUAAUCAUAGUCUUAUUCAAGAGUAGAUGCAUCUUCUCCAAAUAAGAAAAAUAGUCAAGGUGAUGUAGAAUAGCCAACUAGAACAGUAACUCAUAGAAAAUCUGUUAAUUUAGGAGCCAAAAGCAGUAGAACAAGUUAAGAGAGUAAUCGUGGAAUAAGAGUAAUAAGAAAUAUUAUAUGUAGUAUAAAGUUGAAAUAUUUUUGGAAAGUUUUAAUUAUAUGAUCUUUAUGACUAUUGUAACAGUGUAUGCAUUAUUUGGAGAUGAUAUAAGAGUAUUAGCUACAGACAAGGUAUUUUAAAUAAUAAUCAGGAUGGUGAUGAAGCAUUUUGGGUUAUUACCACAAUUUGUAUGAGUUUCUUUUUUAUUGAAAUUGUGCUUGCCUCUGUUUGUAAAGUAUAAAAUAUAGUAAUAAAAUAAGGAUGGAUAUUUUAUUGGUUUCUUUUUUUGGUUAGAUUUAUUAUCAACAGUUUCAAUGUUAUUAGAUAUUGGUUGGGUUAGUAAUGCAAUUUUUGGAACAAGUGGAGGAGCAGCAUUGAGUGCAGUUUCAUUAGCAAGGUUAUAAUAAUUAAAAUAUUUAUAGGGCUGGAAGAGCAUCAAGAGUAGGGACAAGAGCAGGAAGAAUAGUUAGAGUAGUAAGAUUAGUUAGAUUAUCAAAAUUAUAUAAACAUGCAAAACAAUCUUUAGAAAAAGAAGCUGAAAAGUUGUUAGCAGAAGAAAUGAAAGAAGAAAAUUUAAUGGAUAAUAAUAAUUAAGUAUAAGAACCUUAAAGACAAGAAUAAUAAAAUGAUGCUCUUUCCUCUUAAAGAUCAGUUGAUUCUUCAGAUAGAAAUGUUAAGCAUUCAGGUGUGAAUGCUGUAUAAUAAUAAUAAUCUAUUUAGAAAGUUGUUUAGUAAAGGACUUCCAUUGUAAUGUAUAAUGGAACAUCAAAUAAUAAUUAAAUUAGUCAAGAAAAUGAACAAAGAUUUUAAAGAAGAUAAACUAGAAAAAUAGUUAUGUCUGGUUAAAUUUAAUCUCUUACAACAAUCUAAAAAAGAAAAUCAAUAAUAAUUUAAUCUCCAAACAAAUUAUCACAUGCUCAUUAAUCAGAUGAAGGAGAAAUACGUGAAACUAAUAUAGGUAAAGAAUUGACAGAAUUGACUAAUAAAAGAGUCAUAACUAUUGUAAUGCUCAUUUUAUUUAGUGUUCCUAUAUUAAAUUUAACUACUUAUAUUGAUUAAAAUGUAAGUUUCACUACUGGAUUAUAAGCUAUAUAAUAUUGGGCUAAGGAUCCUGAAAUUUAUGAUUAUCUUAUUAAAGAUUUUAUAACAUAUCAUGAACCAUUAAGAACUGGAUUGGUAUUUUUUGAAAUUAAUUCAACUAUUUUCUAUCCAAAAGAAGAUCCUUAUUAAUAUGAACAUUACAGAACUAAUUCAUUGUAAUAUUAUACAACAACAGAUCCUCAAGGAAAUGAUGCAAUAUCAAUAUGUUAUACAAUUGCAGAUGAUGAAUUAAAUGCUAUUUUAUCAAUUAUCAGAACUAUCUUUGUAUCUAUAGUACUUUCUGUAGCAGCAAUUAUGUUUAGUAGAGAUGUUUAAGACUUAAUUUUAACACCUGUGGAGAAGAUGUUAGAAACAGUAAAGAAAAUAGCAGAAAAUCCUUUAGUUGCAGCAUAAGAAGAGGAAAAUAAGGCAUUUAUAUAAAUGAUUGAAAAUGGUGAAAUGAAAGCAUUAGAAGAUUAAGAAGAUGAGAAAUUAGAAACAGUUAUAUUAUAAAAAUUAAUUGUUAAGAUUGGAACCUUAUUAGCAUUAGGAUUUGGAGAAGCUGGAUCUUAAAUUAUAGCUUAAAAUAUGGGUGCCAAUGCUUCUAUUAAUCCUAUGUUGCCUGGAAAAAAAGUAAUGGCAAUAUUUGGAUUUUGUGAUAUUAGAAAUUUUACAGAUGCUACAGAAGUCUUAUAAUAAGAUGUUAUGGUAUUUGUGAAUGAAAUAGCAGAGAUUGUACAUGGGGUUGUUGAUUAAUUUUCUGGAAGUGCUAAUAAAAAUAUAGGUGAUGCAUUUCUUUUAGUAUGGAAAUUUGCUGAAAAUGAUUAUUAUUAGGAUAAGGAUGGUAAUUUAAGUUUAAAAUCUUAUGAACAUAUUGCAUAAAUAGCUGAUAUGUCUAUUUUAUCAUUUGUUACUAUUAUUACAAAUGUUACUCUUUCAUAAAAGUUAUAAAAAUAUAAAUAACAUGAAGGAUUGAAUAAUCGAAUACCAAAUUAUUCUGUUAAAAUGGGAUUUGGAUUACAUGUUGGAUGGGCAAUAGAAGGAGCAAUAGGAUCAGAAUAUAAAAUAGAUGCUUCUUAUUUGAGUCCUAAUGUUAAUAUGGCAUCAAGAUUAGAAGCAGCUACUAAACAAUUUGGAUCUAUGAUACUCAUUUCUGGAUAAUUAAGAAAUGUAGCUACUAAGGUUACCCAAAAAAAUCUUAGACAUAUUGAUAGAGUUACUGUCAAAGGUAGUAUUGAACCUAUGGAUAUUUAUACUGUAGAUUUAAAUGUUGAUUGUUUAAUUAGAAAAGUUCAUAAAAAAAAGACAGUUGUAGACUUUAGUAAAAAGGAAAAAUAGAAAUAAAUUCAUCUUACAGAAUCAGAAUAAUCAAAAUAAAAAAAAAAGUAAAAGGUUUUGAGAAGAAUGAAAAGAGAUAAAUUAAAAUAAGCUGUAUUAAAGAAUCAUGUAGCAAUAUCAGAAACUUGGAUUAAAGAUAACAACAUAAAAUAAUCUAGAGCUCUAUUUAAUAAAGUAUUUAUCUAAAUUUAAUUUAGGAAUUUUAUCAUAAAUGGGACAAAGGUUUUUCAUGUUAUAUAUCUGGAGAUUGGGAUUAAGCAAAAGCUAUUUUUGAAGAAACUUUAGUAUUUAAUUUAAUUUUAAAUUAUAGAAUUUUUUACCAAAUUACAAAGACGGUCCUAGCAAUACAUUAUUAAGAGUUAUUAAAGAAGAGCCAUACUUAAGAAAUAAUUGGAAAGGCUAUAGGGAGCUAACAGAAAAAUGA